CAUGACCGAGAAAAUGGCAGCUUCCUUGAAUCUGUUUAUUUACUUACAGAUUCUGUAUAUUUUAAUUACACCAUGUUUUCCAGAUUCUUUGCCACUCAUUAUUAAUACAUGGGGAUUUACAAAUGCCACUCAGAAAGCAUGGAGUAUUAUAAACAAUGGUGGUAAAACAGCUAUGGAUGCUCUGGUUGCUGGAUGUACAGAAUGUGAGAUAUUACAAUGUGACACAACUGUAGGGUAUGGUGGCAGUCCGGAUGAAAUAGGGGAGACAACUCUUGAUGCAAUGGUGAUGGAUGGUAAAACACAAGAUGUAGGAUCUGUAGGAGAUUUACGUGGUAUAAAGAAUGCUAUUGGUGUAGCUAGAGCUGUCAUGGAAUAUACCGAACAUACUUUAAUAGUUGGAGAAUCAGCAUCAAAGUUUGCUGUAGAAAUGGGAUUUACCAAUGAAAGUUUAACUACAAACACAUCUAUAGAAAUGACUAAAAACUGGAAGAAAAAUAACUGUCAGCCUAAUUUUAGACAGAAUGUAGUACCUGAUCCCAAGAAAUCUUGUGGUCCUUAUAAACCUAUACAAAGUAUAUAUAAUACAUAUUCUAAUAGUAGAAUAGAUAAAAAUAUAGGUAAUACUAACCAUGAUACAAUAGGAAUGUUAAUUAUAGAUAAUAAUAAUAAUAUUGUAGCUGGUACAUCAACUAAUGGUGCUAAUCAUAAGAUACCUGGACGUGUUGGUGAUUCACCUAUAGCCGGUGCAGGAGCAUAUGCUAGAAAUAAAGUAGGUGGCGCUACUGCUACUGGUGAUGGUGAUGUAAUGAUGAGGUUCUUACCAAGUUUUAAUGCUGUAAUGUUGUUAGAAUUAGGAUACAGCCCAAAACAAGCUGCAUUAAAAGCUUUAAAUCCAAUUAUACAGUUUUAUCCUUCAUUUGUUGGAGCACUGAUUGUUACAAAUAUUAAUGGUUCUUUUGCUGCAGCAUGUCAUGGCCUACCAAAUGGUUUUCCCUAUUCUGUUAGAAAUACUGAUAUGAAAGAUGUUCAAAUUAUAACAGUUCCCUGUAUUUAAAUAACCUGUUUUACAUCUAGGUUAGCAUAUGUCUAUAAAUUAUAGACAUAUGUCAUUUUAAUAUAUUAAAAUAUGUAUAUAUUCCCUUUAUUUGUUAUCCUUGAAUUAACAGGGCGGGUUUGUUUAUUGAUUAGGUUGCUCCAACAUUGAAACUUAAAUAAAUAGCCCAUUUACCUUUUGCGGAAAUUCAGUUAACGAAAAGCUCUUGAACGAGCUGCGUAACCCAAAUAAACAUUCUGGCCUAUAGAUUAAACCAUAAUAACACAGCGCAAAGCCUAUGUGAAUGAUUAUCCUACUGGCGCUGUUAGAUAAGAAACUUGUCUCUAAUCAAUACCAAAGAGCUUCAGAUAUUAGAUACGGGACUAGAAUAGGCGUUUCUAAGAGUAUUUAUCACAGUAUUUUAUUAUUUGUCACGCAGAUAUAUGAGACGACACUUUUAAGAUAUCUCAAACACAUACGCAAGGCAAUUUGUCAGUCUGAUAUUUGUUUAUAAUUGGGUUGUACAAGAUCUGAAUGUCUGUAUGGUUUUGUUAUAUUUUUGUUGUUGUACGGUAUACCAUAUUAUAUCGUCACAACCUGGAUCACGAUGGUAAUGCGAAUAUUUACUGCACAUGCUGAUCAGUUUGAUAUUAGCUUACAGCGACUUACCGUUUGGUCGUUUACUACUCUCAUUCCGACAAUACUGUUGUUUGUUAAAUUAUAUUUUACAUUUCAAACCUGAAUUAUUGUAUUAAAAGUAUAUUCUCUCGAGUAUAAUUAAGUCAACUAUUCGACCAAAUUCUUACUAAAGUAUAUUUUUAUAACCAGAAAAAAAAUCGAAUUACAGGUCCAAAUAAAUUCAAAUAACGAAUCCGGGACCAUCGAGUCUGCCGUUGAUAUGUAUUUGAGGGAGCCUCGGUGGCACAGUGAUUAGGCGCUGGUUCACUAACCAGGAGUUCGAUUCCGGUGUUGGCCGAGAAAGUUCCCCUGGAUUUUUCAGCGUGGUUUCCCCUUGUCAGCGACGAGGGGCGGUUCCCCUGGGGAGGACAGUGUAAAAUCAUUCAGAUGGAACCAAAACAAACGAGGUCCUGUGUACUAUGUAGGAAACGGGUAAGAGAACCCUCGACAGUUGAAAUUCAAAGUAAAAGUAGGCAAUAGUAUCGCCGCUGUCUGGGCAAUAUUUCCGUCAUAGCACACUGUAUGGCGUACGCCGGUCUUCAUUAGCCCAAUCGAUAUUAAGAAGUGGACGUUAAACCCCAUUUCAUUCAGAUAUCUAUUCGCCUGUAUUACUCACAUGUUGUUCGGUAACAUCCAGGUGAGAAUGUCAAUAGAACUCAAAUUAGAGUCUCUCGAAAAAUAUAAAAUUAUAUAAAUAUAAAUACAUGUAUACCUGGUUGCUAUAAUAGGAUGUGUUUUCCGGUCGGUGGUUAUGUAUUUAGGAUAAUAUAUACAUGUAUUUAAAUCUUGUUUGUUUUUUUACGACAUUUAUUAGAACAUAAAUUCAAUAUUAUAUAUAAUUUGUUUUUUACCAAUAUUGUAUCAUAGGAAUGACGGCAGUGUAUUCAUUUUGAGAUAUUAAACAUUUAUAUUAUA